UUCAAAAUUUCUGCUUUUGGCUUUUAGGGGCCCCUUUGCUUUUAGUUCCUUUUUGUUAGAGUUGGAAAGCUAAAGUUAAAGGUUACUCCAACAAAAACCCAAAUUCAUUCUCUCUUCAUCUUCCGUUUCCCUAGUUUGUUUACUUUACCUUCUUUUCUUUUUUUUAACAACAUGAAGUUGUUAUCUUCUUCUCCUUCCGUUUCUUCUUCUACUUCUUCGGCUGUCUCUUUUGAUCCCAAAAUUUGUUCUCCAAAAAGUGCAACUGGUGGUUGCCUUUCAGGGAUCUUACGUCGAAUUCUUUGUUCCAGGACUCUCCCAACACACCCUUCCGAUCACAUUACUGAGUCUAAUUCAGUAGCCAGUUGUAACAAACCACAACAGUUCAGUGAUGCUUCCAAGGUCACUCCUGGGAUUGUUGCUAGGCUGAUGGGGUUGGAUUCCUUGCCUGAAACCACCUUGCUUAACACUCAAUUCCCUCCCAAUUCAAUUGCAAGAAGCCGGUCCAUGAAUUCAGCUGAUUAUAAGCAAGAUACUGUUUCCAUCCAUGGAAAGCAUAAACGAGUCAACUCUACACUGUCUUUCCGAGACAUGCCUACUUACUUUGAGCUAGAAAAUGAAGAAUUUUUCGUGCUCAGCUUUGAGAAGGGAAGCGAAAGGAAAGAGCUGAGAUCCAAACAAAGGAAAUGUAAAGGAUGCGGUGGAGAAUUGAAGCAAAGAAAAGAAGCCAAGGAAAAUAUGGUGGAGAAAGUUGCUGGGAAAAAGAACAAGGACAAGGACGAGCAAGCUAGCAAAAGGGUUUUGAAUGUGUUGGAUGAAGAGAAGCUGAACAGGAGAAUUGUUGAGAAGCCUAAUCAGGAAAUAGCCAAAUGCAGGGAAGUUAAUGAUUUGUGCUUGGAGAAACCAAGUGUUGCCAAAAAGGGUCUGGAGAGCUCUAAAUGUUUGGAGAAGAAAGGAUCAGUUCCUGAUGCAGCAAAACCGAGGAAGAAAAAGAAGAAAUUACAACAUCCCGGGGCUCAAAAUGUAGAGCCUGAAUGCAGCUCAGAAGAUUCGAGCCCUGUUUCUGUUCUUGUUUUUGAUCAAUUCAUCAUUGACCAUGAUGUUCCUACAUCAGAGGAAGAUUCAAAAGUAGCAGAAGGGUCAAACCCAAGAAGGAAAUUAUCUCCAGACCUGGAAAAUUAUGGAUGCAAAACUCCUUGUAAUGAUGGUAAUUUGACGGAAGAUGAUCCAAGGGAAAACAGCACUCAAGUAAAAAACUUUGAAUGGAGGAAAAAAGAUUGCCACGGUGAGAAAAACUUGGAAGGUUGGGAUUCAAUUUGCAGGGUGAUUGAAGCUGAGGUAGGUAAAGCAAGUUGGUUAUGCUCUAACAAUGAACAACUUGAAGAUAUUACUACAGAUUUUGGAUCAAAAAUUUUGGACCAAUUGUUAGAUGAGCUUGUAAUUCAACUUCAUGGAAUUAUCCCAUGAAGAAUUUGAACUUGUAAAAGUAUAGUAGUGAAGCCAGGCAUUGUAAAUUAUUUCCAAUUGCAAAAUCCUAUAGUCAAAGAUAUACAGCCCUCUACUAUCUUCUUUCAAAA